CUUAAGUGUGCUUGUAGAUCUGAAUAUUUACAUUAAAUUAAUCAAAAUGAGUGUAAUGCAAUCUGUUUCCGAGAACAAAGAAAAUAUUGAGGAGGAAAAUUGUGGACCUUUGCUAAUUAAUAAACUUGAGCAGAGUGGAAUUAGUGCUGGGGAUAUUAAGAAGCUAAAGGAGCAUGGGUAUCAUACUGUUGAGGCAUUGGCUUAUGCUCCUAAAAAGGAACUUAUUGGAGUUAAAGGAAUAAGUGAAGCCAAAGCUGAUAAAAUUAUAAUUGAAGCUGCCAAGCUUGUUCCUAUGGGGUUUACUACAGCAACAGAAUUUCACCAACGACGGUCUGAAAUCAUUCAAAUCACAACUGGAUCAAAAGAGCUAGACAAGCUUCUACAAGGCGGUAUUGAAACUGGAUCAAUAACGGAAAUUUUCGGCGAAUUUAGGACUGGAAAGACUCAAAUUUGUCAUACUAUUGCUGCCACUUGUCAGCUGCCUAUUGAACAGGGUGGGGGAGAAGGAAAAUGUUUGUAUAUCGAUACUGAAGGUACUUUUCGCCCUGAGAGGCUGCUAGCAGUUGCUGAGCGAUAUGGCCUUAACGGAGCUGAUGUUUUGGAUAACGUAGCAUAUGCACGGGCGUAUAACACUGACCAUCAAUCUCAACUCCUUAUUCAAGCUGCAGCCAUGAUGUCCGAGACACGGUAUGCAGUUAUAGUUGUAGACAGUGCUACAGCGCUUUAUAGAACUGACUACAGUGGUCGUGGCGAGCUUUCUGCACGGCAAAUGCAUCUCGGCCGAUUUCUAAGAACCUUAUUGCGCCUUGCUGAUGAGUUUGGCGUGGCAGUUAUCAUUACAAACCAAGUUGUAGCUCAAGUUGACGGCGGAGCUAUGUUCUGUGCGGACCCGAAGAAACCUAUAGGAGGUCAUAUCAUGGCCCAUGCUUCAACCACAAGGUUAUAUCUCCGAAAAGGGCGUGGUGAUACAAGAAUUUGCAAGAUCUAUGAUUCUCCCUGUUUACCGGAAUCCGAAGUCAUGUUUUGUAUCAACAGUGAUGGUAUUGGAGACACCAAGGAUUAACAAUAUUUCUACAUUACAUUCCUUGACAUAAUUUUUCAAAUGGCUAUGAUAUAUUGAACUUUCCUUAGACAAAUGUACAUCCAACCAACAUAUAUUGAUCUUUCUUGUAAAGUUUGUUUUAGUUUAGCGGUGAAAGUUAAUUUCUAUUUCGCAUUCAUGCCUUAUCUCUAUUUUCAUCAAAUUCUUGUAGAUUUUUUUAACACAAGUGAUUUAAAUUCAAGUUAAAAUUUUUAAUUCACUUUUUUUAAAUCGUAAAUUAAAUAAAUGGCUUGUACCUGUACUGCAGUAUUGUUAAACUUAAUUUGCCAUGGGUGACUGCCAGUUUUGUGGAUUCAAUUUUUCUUCAAAAUUGUCUAUCUUACAUUUUAUUAGAUGUGUCAAUACUGUCAUAUCUGCCACCCGUUUUAACGCAAUAGCCUUGCAUUGGUUAUUCAUCCAUAAAACAGGACAUUUCUGUGUUUGUUCUUUUACUGUUACAUUAAAAUAUCUACAACUUCAAAAACUAAUUUAAACGCAG